UGAUGACGUGACGGCGGAUGGUGACGUAGCUUUCCGUGGUCUGCCCUCGCCGCUGCAGGGGAAUUUGCUCUUGGCUGAGAAGAUGCAGCCACAGUCCGAACCUAUUCCGAUGGGAUUCCAACGGGUGAUCACGCACACUGACUGGUCUGAGCCAUGGUUACUGGGACUUUUAGGCUUCCACGUACUUUGCCUGUUGCUCACGUACCUUACUUUCCAACGAUACCGACUUCAGAUUGGGCAUUUCCUGUGUUUGGUGAUUUUAGUCUACUGUGCUGAAUAUAUCAAUGAACUGGCUGCUAUGAAUUGGAGGUUAUUUUCUAAAUACCAAUAUUUUGAUUCAAGAGGGAUGUUUAUUUCCAUGGUUUUUUCAGCACCAUUGCUGGUAAAUGCUAUGAUCAUUGUGAUUACAUGGGUGCAUAAAACAGUGGCUGUUAUGAGUGAGUUGAAGAUCCUGCAACAAAAAAGAAAAGCAGAAAGAGAAAAGAAGAGGAAAUCAGAAUAAUGUAGAUGAAUUUUAUUUGAAUUUUCUAACCUUCUAACAGUUAUUUUUGCUUCAAUCUUUGUGUAUCUUGUGGUAGGAUAUAUUGCAGUGGUACCUUUAGUAUCCUCAUGGUUUGAAGCAGCAGCCAUGUAUUCUUUUACUUCAGUUUUCAGUGGGAUAGAGGAAAACACUUAAUUCACUUAUUUAAUAUAAGUCUUAAUUUAAUAUCAUAUGAGGCUAUGUUUCCUUCAGCUCUAAAAUUGCAUUAUAUUGAUAGGUCAUUAUUGUUACAGUCUAAAGAUAACCUAAAUGACUCUGUAAUUUAAAUAUUUUUAGUGUUCCAUCUGAACUGUAUCUUUAUUUGUUUAUUUAGAAAUCUCUUCUGAUUUUGUUAAGUUAUGCACUGAUCAUUUGUGUCAGUGGUGUUGCUCAGGAUCCCUGCUGGCCAUAUGUUGACUUAGAAAACCACAUGUUCACCUCAUCUAUCUUCUAUUAUAUUUUAUUUAUUUUGUUAAAUAUUUUCCAGUUACAUUUUAAUUUGGUUCAGGUGCACUUGGAAGUGUUGUGAGCUGGCUGCAUGUUUGACCACCUGAUUUAUGUGGUAUAACUUCCAAAGCAUUAAAUCUUUUAAUGUCUAACAUUAAAUAAUGAUCUUUGACAUAACUAUUGGAACAUUUUUUGUUGACACAAUUAGCUUUGAUGUAAAUUCAACAGUGUCCUUGCGCAAAACAGACUUUAAUAUGUUAGGAAAAUAAUCUUAGUUUAUUGGACUACUCUUUAAAUUACAAUCCUAUAUAAUUUGUCCACAAAAACUGUUUUUGUAUAGAUUGUGUGACAUCAUGACCAAAUAAAAUCCGCAAGAUAGAAUGAAUUGUAAUGGAAGUUUAAAAAUAUUUAUUUAAAAAAUAUAUGCUUGAAAAUACUGUAAAAAUUGUUUUUUUAAAAAAAUGAAGCAAUUAAUACAGGAUGUCCCCAAAAUCUUAGGCGUUAAUAUACCAAGACUUUGGGGACAUCUUAUACAAGUGAGCAUACAUCAGAAGAUUCUAAGAAUAGGGUAAUGAAACAAGAACCCUCUAUCUUCAAAGCCUUAUAUUUUCAGAAAAUAUUAGAAAAUAAUCCAUUUAUAUCUUUAAAUGAUGCUUAAUCAUCUACUUUUCUUUAUAAAGUUUGUGUUUGAAUUUUCAGAAUUUGGCCAGUCGGAAGCAGAAUAUCACUAAUUUUGUUUUUUCAGAAGCCACUUCAUAAUCUCACUCAUGAAAUAAUAUCCCAGUUCCAUCUCAGUCUAGAAUUGUACUAUUUAUAUAAAGAAUGAGAGAUAUUUGUAGGGGAAAAGUAUAAAAAAAAUUUCAGAAGGCAAAAUGAUAGAAUGCUAUGUCAUUAAAAACAGUAAUAAUAGCUAAAAAUUGAUGUAAUGCCUACUGUGCCCUAGAUACCAAGCUAAGCACUUUUCAGAUUUUAUCUCAUUUCAUCCUCACUUCAACCCUGGCUGGUAGUUGCUUUUAUUACACCCAUUCUACAGAUGAGGAAUUUGAGGCAAUCAGAGGUUGAGUGACUUGCCCAGCGUUACACAACUAGUAAGUAUUUGCUGAGGUUGAAUUUGAACUCAAAUCUUCCUAAUUCCAGGCGUGGUGCUCUAUCCACUGUGCUGCUUACCUGCCCAGUUUUUUUUCUUUAAAAAAAUGUUUUCCCUCCAUUUUUUAAAAUAAAGUGACAGUUCUUCACUUUUUUUUUUUGCAUUGUGAAAAGAAGUUAAUGUUCUAGAAAUAAAAAAGAUGACUCAAUUGUAGAAUUUCUGUAUGAAAAUUUGAAAAGUAAAAUAAUCUCAUAUUCAGAAAUUGUAUCCUAUAUUAUUAAAAAUAAAAUACCUGUCCUUUUUGGAUGAUUAAAUACAUCCUAGCCACGAAAAGAUGUAAUAAUUUGUUGGAUAUUGGCUUGUCACUUUACAGAGUGGCUUAGCUUAAUCUUAAAAAUAAACAAGGAGCUUUUAACCUGAAAAUUUUUUAUCAAUUCUCUAAUGCUUGGUAUCAUAGUUCUUCUUAAGCAUAUUCCUGGGCAUUGAAUAUGAAGUAGUAGUGUAAAGAAAUAUAAUAUCGUUAUUAUGGUUUAAUUUUUAAGUGAACAUAAAUCCAAGUCUGAUUUGUUUCAGGUUCUGAAUUUAUGGAAUCCUGAUAAUUUGCACAGUUUCAGUAAGGCUUAAAUAUUAACCAAAUAAAUGACCAUAAUGUUCUUUCAAAAAUAGCUCCUAUUGCAACUAUAGAUGUCCUACUCAGUAAUUGGGUCAUCAUAAUAGAGACAGGUAGCUAAUGGGAAAGCAACAACAACACUGGAUUUGAAUUUAGAAGAUCUGAAUUUUUGUCCUUGUACACUGUUGGAGUGAUUUGGGGGCAGUUGAAGUAACUUUUAAAGUGUGCCUAUUCCUUAUCUUCUCAAAGAGAUGUGUAUAUUUAACUUCACUUUAAAAAAAGGACAUUUAAAAAUAGGAACUUUUUCUAUAAAUUAAACCUCAUUUAUAUUUUAUUUGAAUUUUUAUUUGAAUCCAAAGCUACCUUGGAUAUAAUUUGGACCCUGAGUUUUAAUAAUAAAGACAUUCUUGACAAGCACUCACUAUAAAGUAAAAAGGAUUGGGGAGAGUGUUUUAAUUUUCUUUAGAUCUUUUCAAAUCACAUUUAUAUUAUCAGGUCUGUCAUUAGGAAACCCUUUUGAGGAUUUUAAAUAAGAAAAAAAAAAGGAAGGUUUAGAUUUGACCUUGUUUCUAAAGCUGCUUAGUAUUUUUCUAUUCAAUUAUCUAUUAUAAAUCUCAGUGUUGGGUUGUGGUCAUUGGUAGAAAAUACCCUACAAACCUAAAUACCUAAUGCUAAUCAUUAAUCAUAUAAAAAGAUCAUAUCAUGCAGAAUCUGGCCAGGUAGCCCCCCUACCUCUAGACCAGGGGUGGGGAACCUGCAG